AUGACUGAUCUCGAGAGUCCGCAGAGUGGUCAGCCUCCACUUAAGCUCGACGGGCUCUCGAUCGAGCAGCUAGACGCUUUUACCGAUAAUGAGAUGGAGGAGAAGCUCGCACUUACCGCUCUCCCGACAGAGAUUGUGGAGAAGAUUGCCGAGCAUCUCCCACUCUGUGACCUGAAGCAGUUGCGACAAGCCUGCAAGCAACUCGAGACCCAAACUAUUCAUUACUUCACUAGGAAGUACUGCACGCGAAAGCACGUCAUAAUCUGUCUGACCCAGCUCCGCUUUCUUGUCGAACAAGCCCGCAAUACCAAGUUCGGAGGUAAGCUCAAGGAGCUCAUCUUCGAAACUUCAGAUGACGUUCACAUGGACCCACUACAAAAGCAAAAUCUUGAGUACCGCCUCAAAGAUUCUCUCAUCAGCAAGGCCAACCACUGCCUCUUAACAGCCUUCAACAAUCUCCCUGCGUUGUCCAAGGUCAGUAUGGUCUCCGAGUCCAUGCACGCAGAAAAGCCCCUCACCUGCCAUGCCACUAUGAUCUUGCUUGCUCUUCAGCACAGGAGCAACAGUUACCACUUGAAGAUCCUAGAGCUUCCAGUCAAUGGUAACUUCGUGUGCUGGGACCUCUUCAUGAAACUCAACCAUUGGUACCUCAAAGGCCCAGCAGACCCUCCAACGCCUAUCAGCACCAUCACCUCGCUGAAGCUAGCCCUAAACGGCCGCUUCGACGGAUUCAACACCGCACAUUACUCCAACGACCGCGCAGCGAAAUCAAUCCAGUCCUUCUUCUCUGGUCUCUUCGCCCUAGAGUCCCUUUACCUCCACCUCGGCGACAUCGACUCACCCACAGAAGCGGCAAACUUAGGUGCUGUUACUAAGCUGAUCAUCAACAUGAAAUGGCCGAAGCUACAGCACAUCCACUUUCGGGGCAUGGCGUUCACAGACGGGUCCUUCAGACGCUUCUACCACACCCACAAUAUUCGCACCCUAAGUCUACGGGAAGUGGUCUUUGGUCCUGAGUGCUUUGCAAAGGCCUGUGGCAUGCUUUGUAACGACUCAAACUUGGAGCAUCUCAAGUUCCGCGAUCUCUUUGAGGUGGGUCCGCCUGGCCUUGCGAUUACGGCGGCAUCGAUGAUACUUUUCCCGGAUACGGAGGGCGAGACGACUAUCCUAGUUGCGGAGAAGGGGGAAAUCGAUGAUAAGCUGCAGGAGUUUCUUUCUGUAGAGGAUGCAGCAACCUUAGUCGAGUUUUAG